CUCGCACCACCCAUCUUUUGCUCCGCUACUCGCUUGCUGCACCUGGCUCACUCUCUCGACUCUCGAGCUGACCCCACCAAGCCCAAUCUGCUCGUCGAAUCGAGCUGUCUCGCGCUUCAAAUCCAGGUCCAUCAGGUCCUCUUUCUUGAACUCAUCGGAUUUGAGAAAUCGUAGCAAGCGGGUGCAUUCCGCAAUCGACUUCAUAGCCGACCCGGUCCACAUCCAAUGCAUGAACCCAAGGACUGUCGAGUUUCGAAAAGGGCCCAAAGAUGCUGCUUGAGUCGAUAUGAGGUCGGGUGGGACAGACAAGGGAGACAUCCGACUCGAUGAAUGAGUCACGACUGUCUCGGCUGGGGGUGGAAUGUCUGACUGGUCUGCCAGUGAGAUAUUGCGAUCCGGAUUUGAUAUUCACUCGAACGCGGCUCAACCUGCUCCUGCCCGACACUUUCCGAAUCUGCCGCAGCUGCCAUGCCCGUUCUGCGCUCGUCCUCCAUGCUGCGCUCGUCCUCCUCGAAUCUUGGCGCGGUUGGCGGGAGUCGCUCCAAAAUCUUCCACGUUGGUCGAUGAAUGCGCCGCGGUCGAUUGCCAAACAAAGCAGGUGCCCCAGAAAGGGUUUGCGGUGGCUCGGGCGGUCGAGAUGCGUCGGGUGGCAACAGAGAUUGCUCAGGAGGGGGUGGAGAUGGCCCAGGUGGGCUAAAUGCCUCGGGAGGUGGCGAAAAUUGCUCGGGAGGCGGCGGAGGCUGUUCGGGAGGCGGUGGGGGUUGUUCGGGAGGUGGCAGGGAUCGCUCAGGUGGAGGAAUUCGCUCGGGAGGCAGAGACAAGGGGCUGUGACUCAGAGGCGUUGGAGACGGAGGCAGAAAUGGUCCUGCAGCACCAGCGGCCAGGAUCGAUACCGGAGAUGCUGUCGGGGCAUUGCCCAUGGGUAAAAUGGUCUGUGAAUGCAUCAGUGUUGUCCCGAGAAUCUUCCUCCGCACACGUCACGGCGUCCUGCCUGAGACGGACUUGCCUCAGGUGGAACAGUACUCACAGCGCUUCGUGCAGCUCUCUGGUCUUGCCGGCGGGUUUCUAACCUCCGUCUCUUCCGUGCUGUUCGCUCGGCCAAAAGAUCAUCAAGCUCUGGAGCUUCUGCACUCCAUAUUGGACAGCGGGACUGAUGCACAGACAGUCCUACACUGGUAUCGAAGACGGACGUGCAAGGCGGAGGACAGACAUAGCUCAUGAGCAGGAUGAGAACGAUUUGGGCAAUGAGGAGCCGUUUCAUGAAAGCCUGUCUCAGAAAAAGCACAAGAACUUUGUAUUUGCAAUUAUCUACUAUGACCGGUAUUCAUAUCUUAGGGGCUUUUGUAUUGGAUGCGGGAGUUCGGGCUGGUACCUGAAUCGAGUGGCCACAAUGUUUAGCCCCUAUGGUCAUGCGGACAUGUCAGCAUACAUGUGUGGUCGGCAAAACAGUGAAAAAUUGAUCACCUCUCUGCUGCACCGCACAUGCUCUUUCUCAUCUACCCACACCAUGCCCCGCCGCGCUCCUGUUCGUCUGUCGACCCCCACGCCUGAGGAGAUGGCUGCAGUCGAGAAGAUUAAUCAGCAAAUGGCGUGCACAGCCCAAAAAAAGGCCGGUGACGAUAACAAGAACGCAAGUGUCGCGUCUCAUGGUCGCAAUCUCGCCCGCAUUGUUGGUCCCGUGCCUUCGAUUGCUGACGCUGUGGAGUUCGCAGUCGGACUGGACCUCAAGGAUAAUCUUGACGACGAUCCAGACUGGACUCCAAAGCUCACCAGUGCCAUACAGCAACGUGACUGGGAAACCUGGCGCAUUAUAUGCAAAGCAAUGCCUACCUUUCGUGAGGACAUGAUUCAGCUCGGGAGUCAGGUCUCAGUCCGGAAGCAGUAUUGUAACAAGCUGGCUAUUGCUGCCAAAAAAUGCAAAGGGGACGAUGCACGCUCGCUCAAGGUGCACAUCAUCGACUACAUCAAUGGCCCUGGCAAGCCCAAGCCCAUUAUGGAGACACAGGGUGACAAAUCAGAUCGUGGCUUCUAUAACCCUGACAUUGCACCGCUCCUCUGUCCUGCUAAGUAUGAACCGUCACCCAGCGUCAUUCAGCGCAUUCGUGACAACACGCUGAGAGUCAAGGAGGGGGACAUCCCUCAUUUCAUGUAUGGGCCUGAUACCAUCUACGACCCCGAUGAUCCGGAGAAGGGGCUAUUGGAAGGUCCACCACCGGUCCUUGCUGCGGUACGUGUUGUGUCAUACGCACCGCACAGAGCUGAUGGUUCUCAAUUAUAGACAGCGAAGCACAUCUAUCAGGCUCCUUCGGUUGCACUGAAGGCGCCUGGAGCUCAUCGCGGUCGGGCUGGAAAUGCUGCAAUCAACAAUGUGACAGCGUUGACCCCGCGGGACGUUGCAUAUGUUGCUAUGCAGCUUCGUUUUGCUCUUUCAUCCGUGUCUUCGUUAGACAAAAGCGACUCUUUUGAUCUAGUUAAGUUCUAUUGGAACGUGAUGAAGCUGCUGGAUUGCGACGAGGGAGCUAAAGCGAUCGAGUUGUUCAAUCAUCAGGUCUUUGGUCACCGUGCUGAGAAGGAUGUGUUCGACGACGAGGACACAGAUUUGGAUGACUUUUCGAGUAUAGAGGCUCGCCGCGCCGCGAAACGACGUCGUUUGAUGGAAGACACUGCCUCUCAGUCUUCUGAGUCAUAGUUCACAUUAUAACCUUUAUUCCAUAUGUAUCAGACCAUGCAUAUCUACAGUAAUGACCAUACAGCAUGUAAUGUGGCAGCUGAGGUGUGACCUCCCACAAACGAUGACAGAUUCUGCGAGCA